CAGCUGGCUGGCUGCGUCUGUCUCGAGAGCUGAGAGUCGAUGUUAAAUUUGUUUUCGAAGUUUUCCAGUUUACCUGUUUGAAUUUCAAGGAAAGGUUUUCAGUGAAGGAGAGACGUCAGUAGCAGAACUGCACUUCUCAAUUUGUGGGAGGUAGACAAUCAUCAUGUCUGGUGUUGGGCAGUCUCUUGGAGGUUCGUCCACCAAGGAAGUGAAUGCAGCCUCGCUUUGUCGCUUUGGACAGGAGACUGUGCAGGAUCUUGUGACAGAAACACAGGAUAUGUUCAGCAACCUUAAAGGAGUUCAGCUACCCAAUGGAAGAAAUAACACACAACAGAGUCAUCAGGACAAGGUUGCUAAGUUGCAAGAUAUCACCAAGCAUAUCGAGGUUCACUUUAAGAAAUUACGGCUUCUCUAUAAGAAGUGCAUCCAGAUAUCAAGCGGAGUUCAUACAGCAAGUGGCACUCACACACCAAGCGAAGAACUCAUCAUGUGGAAAGAUGUCUUCAGCAGUAAAGAUCUGAUAGCUCUAGGAUCAAGAGAAAAAGCUCAGUAUCUCAAUGACGAACGACUUCAUCUGAUGGAGCAAUUGCAAGCCAAGAAUCAUCAGUUAAGACAGGUGAUGGAACAGAUGAGGGCUCUGAUGUGGGACAUUAACACCAUGCUUGCAAUGAGACACUCAACACCAUGCUUGCAAUGACACACUCAACACCAUUCUUGAAAUGAGACACUCAACACCAUUCUUGAAAUGAGACACUCAACACCAUGCUUGCAAUGUGACACUCAACACCAUUCUUGCAAUGAGACACUCCACAUCAUGCUUGCGAUGAGACAUUCAACAUCAUGGUUGCGAUGAGACACUCAACAUCAUGCUUGCAAUGAGACACUCAACACCAUUCUUGAAAUGAGACACUCAACACCAUUCUUGAAAUGAGACACUCAACACCAUUCUUGAAAUGAGACACUCAACACCAUGCUUGCAAUGUGACACUCAACACCAUUCUUGCAAUGAGACACUCCACAUCAUGCUUGCGAUGAGACAUUCAACAUCGUGGUUGAAAUGAGAUACUCAACAUCAUGCUUGAAAUGAGACACUCAACUCCUUGCUUGCAAUGAGAUACUCAACACCAUACUGUUCUUGCAAUGAGACAUUCAACACCAGAUUGGAAAUGAGAUUGCUCUGAGAGAGAAUUGUGAAUACAAAAGCUGUUGAGAAGAAUGUCCACACAGAAGGAGCAGUGAUCUUGUAUGAUAUGAGACACUCAGAAGAGCAGUAGAAGGUUUUAAAAAAUGGUGUUGUGAUGUUUAAACUUUCUGGUAGCAAAUCACCAUAAUUCACAUGUCAAAAAGACUUUGAUUUUUGGCGUUUAAAACUGUCAAUGUCCACAGAAGAGGAGCAUUGAUCAUGCAUGCUAUGUUCACCAUCAGAUUGUAAAUAAAGAGACUUUGAUGCCAUUGGCUUCCAAGAUUUGCUACGUCCACAGAGAAAGAGCAGUGACUAUGAAUGCUAUGGGACAUUGAGCAUCAGAUUGUAAAUAGUGAGACUGUGAUACUGGUGGCUUCUGAGACUGUCCAAAGAGAAAGAGCGGUGACUAUGAAUGCUAUGGGACAUUGAGCAUCAGAUUUUAAAUGAAAAGAAAGACAAGUGAAUUAGACAGUGGCUUCCAAGAAUUGAAGACUUGUCACUUUCUGAUUAGGAAUUGAUCAUAUCUAAGCUUGUUACAGUACAUUUAUUUAUAUUUCAAUUGUGAAGCAACUGAGAAAGAGAGAGAAGUGUCUGCCAAGUUUGCCAAUGUGUAUGGGUAAGGGAUUAAAGACAUAGAAGUCAGUUCUUGAAAUUGGAAUGAAUGUUAAUGACCUUUUUUGUUAACAGAGUACUUGAUUACUUUAACUUUUGCAUUUUGUCAUAUGGAAAGCAAGCAACACCAUAAUUGAGGAUGCAUACAUAUGUCCAAGCACAAUACUUGUGUGAGAUGACCUGAGUUUUCAGUUGAGGCCAAAAGUUUACAUAUAUACCCAUGGAAUUCAGUGAAAUUUGUUUGCUUUGCCAAACAUCGUAAUAUUUACUAUAUCUUCAGACAUUUGAAUACUACCAUGACGAAUAUGGUACAUGCAUGUAUCAAAUGAAAGAGCGGAUUAAGCUCUUUCACACGAUUGGGAUACCGUUGGGAUCAAAGUAUAUUUCAGGUGGAAAUUUCUUUGAAGAAAAAAAGUAAUAUUUGUGCAAAAUUUAUUAUUAUUAUAUUU